ACGCACAAUUCAAACAGUUUACCAGUUGUUAAUCAAAAUAUUGAGAUCGAGUAAACGCCCCAAAAAAAAAUUUAAAGAGAUCUUCACUCAAUUGAUGGGUAUUUAGUUUCGUUAAGUUCAACACAAAAUUAGUGACAGAUUGUGUUUUGAGUUGUGUUCAGGAAAUCGGACUUGUUUAUUUUGAAAAAUUUUUUUUGUUUAUUUUUCAUUUUUGUGUGUGUUUUGUUGUUGAAAAAUAUUGUGUGCUAUGGUAGUUUUUUAAAUACACGUUUUAUGAACGGCAAUGAGUUCGAGUGUUCCGGCGGGGCCAACCAACAAUGGUUUGGGUGGCGGCCUGUGCACUCUUGUCGAGGAAGAUAUCAUUGGAGUCGGUGUUGUAAAUAAUGACGCUGACAAGCAAUCAACGACCAGUGGCGGACGACCAGAUCUUGAUUUACAGCAAUACGAUGGCCGAUCAAGCAUGGACAUUGAAUGUCGUAACUAUCGAGAUUACGAUAUCGAUGGUGAUUUAGGACCAUUACCUCCAAAAUGGGAGAAAGCAUACACAGAAAAUGGCGAAGUUUAUUUUAUUGAUCAUGGUUUUAAUUACAGUCAUUCAACGGGGACGUCACAUUGGUUAGAUCCAAGAUUGUCAAAAUUCCAGAAAAAAUCACUAGAAGAUUGCUUAGACGAUGAAUUACCAUAUGGCUGGGAGAAAAUUACCGAUCCACAGUAUGGAACAUAUUUUAUCGAUCAUGUGAAUCGACGUACACAGUAUGAGAAUCCAGUUUUACAAGCGAAACAAGCUGUGGAACAGCGGCUUUCUACACCGAACUCAGGUACAAAACAAGGUCGAGCUUCCUUUACGAAAGACCCUUCCGAAUUAUGUGGGGAACGAUUUACCACAACUUUAACAAAAUCAUCGAGAGGCUUAGGAUUUACAAUUAUUGGUGGAGAUGACGAUGUCGAUGAAUUUCUUCAAAUCAAAUCGAUUGUCCCAAAUGGUCCUGCAUGGCUAGAUGGUAAAUUACAAACCGGCGAUUUAAUUGUCUACGUAAAUGAGACCUGCGUCUUAGGUUUCACUCACAAUCAAGUUGUUAACCUAUUCCAAUCGAUAUCCCCCGGUGAAGCUGUUUGUUUAGAAGUGUGUCGAGGUUAUCCGUUACCAUUCGAUCCAAAUGACCCAAACACGGAAGUUGUUACCACUGUGGCAGUUGAUUCACAAGCAACAUCCUGUGAAACAACCCGAAAUUUUGUCGAUUUUAAUUUCGAUCGAAAUUUAAAUUUUAUGAAUAAUUCUGAGAAUGAUUUAUGGAAAUACAGUAAUGGCGCAAAUCAGGACCGAUUGAAUGAUGUACGCAAUAUAUGUACGGAUCUCGCAAAUACCGUUGUUAUUCAUAUUGUGAAAGGUGCAAUGGGCUUUGGUUUUACGAUAGCGGACAGUGCGUGUGGCCAACGCGUCAAAAAGAUCUUGGACCGGCAACGGUGUAAGAACUUAUUCGAGGGCGAUGUUUUGUUAGAAAUAAAUAACAUAAAUGUGCAAAGUAAGAGUCACGAUGAAGUUGUUCAAGUCUUAAAGAAUUGUCCGCAUAAUGAGGAAGCCGUUAUAAUUGUUCAACGAGGACAGUGUGUUUCCUCGAAAUUGGGUAAAAAUAAAUUAAGGAAAAUCGAAAAUGGACGUUUAACUACCAAAGAUAUUGUUGCGAAUAUGUACCGCAGUAAAACUCCAACUGCAGACCUUUACAGUACACAACAAAAAGAAAUAUUACCAAAUCGACCGAAAACUCCUUUGGUCGAUACUCGAAAUCGUUCCAAAACACCAUUAGCUGAAGUAAGUGCCAGUUCGACAAGUUCUUGCCAAUCGGAUGUACUUAAUUCAAAUUACAACAUCAACACAUAUGGCGAGACUCCUGGCUCCAAUAUUAUCGCAAUCGCAAACGAGGGCUCAACUCCAGUGCCACCUAGUGAACAUCAGUAUUACCAUUACGAAACUUGUUACUGCCAUGAUUGUAAAAAAACGAAAAUCAACUCGAAUUAUUGUUUAAGUAUACCCGAAGACAACGAAGAUAUGAAAGAACGUAACUUAGAUCGACGGAAGCCCGACAUGUCUUCAACAAACGACCUCGAAAAUCAUUACACAGUCCAACAAUCUGUGUACCAACCGUGGGACCACAUGACGCAACGAAUGCAACGCUUGAACGUCGACUCAAAUGAGAUUGUCGUGACGCUUAUUCGACAAGAAAGUGGUUUUGGGUUUCGUAUUGUUGGCGGAACUGAAGAAGGAUCUCAAGUGGCCGUUGGCCAUAUUGUACCGGGUGGCGCAGCCGAUUUAGAUGGUAGAAUAUGUACAGGUGAUAUUAUUCUAAACGUAGACGGACAUUCUGUAAUUAAUUCAUCACAUCAUCAAGUCGUACAACUGAUGGGCAUUGCGGCGGCGAAUGGACGCGUUAAGUUACGAAUACGAAGGCGACGGAAUCAAUUACCGAGCAGUGCGUCUACGUAUAAUGUUGUUGUAACGCGAUCCGAAAACGAAGGAUUUGGCUUUGUAAUUAUCAGUUCGGCGAAUAAAGCUGGAUCAACCAUAGGGAGACUGAUUGAAGGAAGUCCCGCUGAACGAUGUGGACUUCUACAAGUGGGUGAUUGUAUUGUGGCUGUCAAUCAUAUACCAAUAACGAACUUAUGUCAUGGCGACAUUGUCAAUUUAAUCAAAGAUUCUGGCUAUUCGGUAGUUUUAACAAUUGGAGUUCCGGCAAACGACGCCAACUAGAAAACAUGAAACAAUUACAAGUGCCUUCUACCAAAACCAAAAUAUAUAAAAUUCGCCAUCAGUACUUAAAAACGAAUCUAUGCUCAAUUAUUUCAUAAAUUGCAUUUAUUUUUUUCUUUUGGCAUUCCAUCACAACGCACGGAGGUCAAUCCAAAAUUUUGAUCUCUGAUUUUAAUUUUUUCUUUUUUUAAAUAUUUAGAUUUAAAAAUUCCAUUACAAUUUUUAGCUAAGUCGCAGCAAUAGAGGUCUCAUUUACAAUUCGAGGUCACAAGAUUUAUUAGUACAUAUAUUUUUGGGACUCGAGAUUUCAAGAUCAUUCUCGCAUUUUGUUAAUGAAUAAAAAUGGAAAAUGAUCUUGAAAAAGCUCACAGCAUCUCCGUCGGGAUCUCUCCCAGGAUAGAUGGA